UCUAGUGGCAGCCAUGGAUGCAAAUUCGAAGCUUUUCUUUGCCCUAAUAACACAGAGGAGCAAUAUUAUUAUUAUUAUUAUUAUUAUUAUUAUUAUUAUUAUUAUUAUUAGCUUCCUUGUUCCAAGUUUAAAUUAUUCAUCCACCAUGCCUAUCAAUCAGCUUCGGUUCUUCAACUUUCUCUCUCUUCCAUUUUAUAAGCUCUCUCAACCGGGAGUGAAUUGGCAAUGGCGGGAAGUUGAUGCUAUUGAUUUGACAUCGCGGUGUUUGUGGGAGUAUAUUGGCAUAGGGGUUCAAUUAGGGUUUGUGGGAGCCUUGUUCGUUCGAGUUCUUCAGAAAUGGAUCGGUUCGUCUUGGAAUGCUUACAGUGGAGAGGACAAAUUGACGGAUCGAGCUGCGGAAAACUGUCCGGUCAGCCGGAAAUUGAGCGUUUCUUACAGAGCCAGUGUAGGUUGCUCCUUCUUACUCUUGGCGAUUCAUGUUCUUAUGCUUUUUAUUUUGCAAAAUGGAAGUGGUUCUCAUUGCGAUUCCAGAGUCGAAGUUCUUUCCUCUGAGAUAACGGAAGUGAUAGCGUGGGGAGGAGGAAUUUUCGCAGUUUUUACGGUCUUGCGCGAUAAAUCCGUCAAGUAUCCAUGGAUUCUACGAGGAUGGUGGUUUUGCAGCUUCGUUUUGUCGAUUGUUCGUCUGGCUUUGGAUGUGUAUUUCGGAAAUGUCGAUCAGUUGAGAUUGCAAGAUUAUGCCGAGUUUUUCAGCCUUCUUCCAUUGGUUUUCCUGUUAGGGCUUUCAAUCUAUGGGCGGACAAAUAUGGUUUUCAAUGUUCAUAAUGGCUUGGAUGAUCCACUUCUCCGGGGAAAGUGUUUAGAACAAAAGGGAGAUGAGAAGGAUUCUCCUUAUGGAAGGGCAUCGCUUCUUCAACUCCUUACCUUUUCGUGGCUUAAUCCCCUGUUUUCUGUUGGAUACAAGAGGCCUCUGAAGCAAGAGGACAUACCAGAUGUUUGUACGUUUGAUUCUGCCAAAUUUUUAUCGCAUUCCUUUGACGAAACCCUAGAUUCUUUAAGGAAGAAGAAUAAUAACACAAACCCAUCAAUCUACGAGACAAUAUAUUUGUUUGGACGAAAGAAGGCAGCAAUAAAUGCUUUGUUUGCUGUUCUAGGUGCUGCAAUAUCAUAUGUUGGACCAUACCUUAUUGACGACCUUGUGAAAUUCCUCACUCAGAAGAAAAUGCGGAGCUCAUCAAGCGGGUAUUUUCUUGCACUUGGCUUUAUUAGUGCAAAGGUGAUCGAGUCAAUAGUUCAAAGGCAAUGGGUUUUCGGUGCACGCCAACUGGGUCUUCGUCUUCGAGCUGCUUUGAUAUCUCACAUAUACCAGAAGGGCUUGCGUCUGUCAAGCCGAUCUCGCCAAAAUUGCACGAGUGGGGAGAUCAUGAACUACAUGAGUGUUGAUAUCCAAAGAAUCGCGGAUUUCUGUUGGUUCUUGAACAUCCUGUGGAUGUUACCCGUACAAAUUUCAUUAGCUAUGUAUAUUUUGCAAACAAAUCUGGGAUUGGGAUCAUUGGCUGCAUUAGCAGCAACUCUAGGAGUUAUGUCCUGCAACAUACCAAUUACCAGUAUUCAGAAAAAUUACCAGACGAAGAUAAUGGAAGCUAAAGAUAAUAGGAUGAAAACCACUUCGGAAAUUCUCAGAAACAUGAAGACACUCAAACUUCAAGCAUGGGAUACUCAGUACCUCCAAAAGCUAGAAAGCCAAAGGAAAGUGGAGCAUCACUGGUUAUGGAAGUCGUUGAGACUAAUGGGAGUCUCAGCUUUUCUCUUUUGGGGAGCGCCGGCUUUUGUCUCUGUUAUAACAUUCGGGGUGUGUUUCUUACUGGGGAUAGAAUUGACUGCUGGAAGAGUCUUAUCUGCUUUGGCUACAUUCCGUAUUCUACAAGACCCAAUAUUCAAUCUCCCUGAUUUACUCUCUGCUCUUGCACAAGGCAAAGUCUCAGCGGAUAGAGUUUCUUCAUACCUCCAGGAGGAUGAAAUACGGCAGGAUUCCAUCACUUAUGUUCCUAGAGGUCAAACAGAGCUUGAUAUAGAGAUAGAAAAUGGAAAAUUCAGUUGGGACCUGGAAUCAAGCAAGGUAUCUCUUGAUCAGAUAAACUUGAAAGUGAAAAGGGGGAUGAAAGUGGCAGUAUGUGGGAUGGUAGGUUCGGGAAAGUCCAGCUUGCUCUCUUGCAUACUUGGUGAAAUAGAAAAGCUCUCUGGGACAGUGAAGAUCAGUGGUACAAAGGCAUAUGUUCCUCAGUCUCCUUGGAUACUGUCGGGGAGUAUCAGGGAGAAUAUUCUUUUUGGAAAUGAAUAUGAAAGUACCAAAUAUAACAGAACCAUUAGUGCAUGUGCUUUGGUAAAAGAUUUUGAGUUGUUUUCUUGUGGCGACUUAACUGAAAUUGGAGAAAGAGGGGUAAAUAUGAGUGGGGGACAGAAGCAGAGGAUACAAAUUGCUCGUGCAGUUUAUCAAGAUGCUGAUAUUUAUCUCCUUGAUGAUCCUUUCAGUGCAGUUGAUGCUCAUACAGGCACUCAACUCUUCGAGGACUGUCUAAUGGGUGUUCUCAAGGAGAAGACUAUAGUUUAUGUCACCCACCAAGUCGAAUUUCUACCGGCAGCAGACCUCAUCCUGGUGAUGCAAGAUGGAAAAAUUUCUCAAGUUGGAGGAUUUGAAGAACUUUUGAAACAAAACAUAGGGUUUGAAGCUUUAGUUGGGGCUCAUAGUCAAGCUUUAGAGUCUAUCCUCACAGUUGAAAACUCAAGUAGAAAAACCCAACUGCCAAAUCCCGAAAAAGAAUUGUAUGAAGAUUCUAUCAUAAAUGUGGAGCCUAUAAACUUACAAUAUGAUUUAGUGGAGAUUAAAAAACCUGCAGAGAUAACAGCUAAGGGAGGACAGUUGGUUCAAGAGGAAGAGAGAGAGAGAGGAAGCAUUGGUAAAGAUGUGUACUGGUCCUAUUUAACCACUGUCAAAAAAGGAGCAUUGGUUCCAAUCAUAAUCUUGGCACAAGUAUCAUUCCAAGCUUUACAGGUAGCUAGUAACUACUGGAUGGCAUGGGCUAUUCCUCCUACAAGUGAUACACAACCAGUAAUUCGGAUGAAUAUCAUACUACUUGUUUAUUCAUUACUUGCUGUUGGAAGUUCACUUUGCGUGCUAUUGCGAGGUAUUCUAAUUGCCAUAACAGGACUUCAAACAGCACAAACGCUCUUCAGAAAUAUGUUAUAUAGUGUAUUCCGGGCACCAAUGGCGUUCUUUGACUCGACUCCAACUGGAAGAAUUAUAAACCGGGCUUCCAAUGAUCAAAGCGUUGUAGACUUGGAAAUGGCUUUGAGGUUAGGAAUGUGUGCAGUUUCAAUAAUUCAGAUUAUAGGGACCAUUAUAGUAAUGUCUCAGGUAGCAUGGGAAGUGUUUGUUGUUUUUGUUCCUACAAUUGCAGCUUGCAUUUGGUACCAACAAUAUUACACACCGACAGCCCGAGAACUUGCUCGGUUAUCUGGGAUACAACAAGCUCCAAUCCUCCAUCAGUUUGCAGAGUCCCUAGCAGGAGCAGCAACUAUUCGCGCUUUCAAUCAAGAAGACAGAUUUUUCAAAACUAACCUUGCUCUUAUUGAUGACUUUUCAAGGCCGUGGUUCCAUAAUGUUUCAGUCAUGGAGUGGCUUUGUUUCAGACUGAACAUUCUAUCAAAUUUUGUUUUUGGAUUUUCAUUGGUUUUGCUGGUAUCUCUCCCCGAAGGAGUUAUUAAUCCAAGUAUGGCAGGUCUGGCAGUGACGUAUGGGAUAAACUUGAAUUAUAUGCAAACUUCAGUUAUCUGGAACAUAUGCAACGCAGAGAAUAAAAUCAUAUCAGUUGAAAGAAUUCUUCAGUACUCAAGAAUAAAGAGUGAAGCACCUCUUGUUAUUGAGAAUUGCAGACCACCAAGCAAUUGGCCGCAAGAUGGGAGGAUUUGCUUCAAAAAUUUGCGGGUUCGAUAUGCGGACCAUCUCCCGGAUGUCCUGAAAAGCAUCAGUUGCACCUUCCCAGCAAGAAAGAAAGUGGGUGUUGUAGGAAGGACGGGCAGUGGGAAAUCAACUCUCAUACAGGCACUUUUUAGGAUUGUUGAACCUAAAGAGGGAAGCAUUAUAAUAGACGACAUUGACAUUUGCAAGAUAGGCCUCCAUGACCUGAGAUCAAGGCUAAGCAUCAUCCCUCAAGACCCUUCCAUGUUUGAAGGAACAGUUAGAGGAAACCUCGACCCACUGGGUCGGUAUACUGACCAGGAAAUUUGGGAGGCCUUGGACAAAUGUCUACUAGGUGAUUUGGUGCGUGCAAAGGACGAGAAGUUGAAUUCUUCAGUGGUUGAAAAUGGAGAAAAUUGGAGUGUGGGUCAACGACAACUAUUUUGUCUGGGAAGGGCAUUGCUCUCCAAGAGUCGUAUUCUGGUGCUUGAUGAAGCAACAGCCUCCGUUGAUUCUGCCACUGAUGGCAUCAUACAAAACAUCAUCGGCCAAGAGUUCAAAGAUCGUACCGUGGUAACCAUAGCUCAUAGAAUCCACACCGUCAUUGAUAGCGAUUUUGUCUUGGUUCUAAGUGAUGGAAGAAUUGCGGAGUUCGACUCACCGAACAUGCUUCUCAAAAGAGAGGACUCGUCUUUCUCUAAGCUAAUUAAAGAGUACUCCACGAGGUCUCAAAACUUCAAUAGUUUGGCUAAUCAAAGUUAUGAAUAGGGCUUGUGAGCAGCUCUUGGAUUAUGGAGACAUAUAAGCUGCAGUUUGCAAUCGUGAUCGUGGUAAGCAUUUUCAAAAAGUUCGUUGAGUCGUAACCCCGAGUUGAUUCUAGGAGAAAGAUGGGGUAUUAAAUACAGAUUUUGUUUAUAGGUUACUCCUGCUUAUUACAGGCCUCAAGUUCACAAUACCAUUAUACUCAUUCACAGUUUUUCUUUUUUACUUUUUAGUUGUCGGAGCAUAAUUCGGUUAGUUAAGACGAUACUAUAUCUAAACUAAGAAGGCUAGAGAUUUGACUCUCAAUCCUCACAUGUGGUUGAACUUGAAAGAAACUAUUGAAUGAUCUCAAAGAAUGAGCACUUUCUAGAGUUUUUUCUUC